AUGGCCGAGCAGGCCGCCGGCGACGCGGGUCGGCGACGUCGUGGCGCCCGGCACCUUCCUCGUCGCCUGGCGCGGGACCGACGACUCCGCCUCAGCACUCGACUUCGUCGUCGACCCGUCCGCCGGUUGCUGUUCGCCGGCGACACCGCCUUCACGUUCCCUGACUUCCACCGCCGCGUCCCCGCGGUGCUGCUGUGCUGCGACGUCAAGCUCGAGUUCUCCGUCGCCGACUUCGCCGAGGUCCUGGCGUUCGAGACCGAUGACUCGCUGCUCCUGCGGCUCUCGGCCGCGCCCCUAGUGUACUACCGCACGGCGGGCGACGACGUCCAUGACCGCGUGCCCUUCCACCUCAUCGACGUUGACGACGAUCCGUGGAUACGAACCACCGACGUCACCCCGAGCGGCGCGAUCGGCAGGUGCUCGGCGUACAGGGUCUCCUUCGCGGCGAGGUUCUGGCCAACGAUGAGGGCUGCGCUGGACUACAUGAAGAAGCAGGUGGUGCCUGUCGAUGUCUGCGACAGCCGGUGCCGGGGGUUCACCGUGCUUGAGGAGCCGGACUUCGGGCGGCCAAUGCACGACGUGUUCUUCUGCCUGCGGCACGACGAAGGCCUUCGGUUUCCGGAACUGUACUUGGUUAAUGUGCUGAUCCACAACGGGAUAGUCAAUCCGCACCAGCUGACGUCCGAGUUCUUCAGUUUGCUGAGGAGGGCACAUGAAGAUGUGAAUGUGGCUGCGUUGACGGAAUUGUUUGGCGCAAAGCUUCAAGUUUGUAAUGAUCCAUGCUCGAGGUUGAAGAACGCACAAGAUAGGGCUGCCAAGAAUCUCAAUCAUCUUCUCUUUCACAGCAGCAGCAGAAAGGCUGGUGAUUACAAUGUUUUUGAGGACUCGAUGUCGUGCCCGUCCCAACAGAUGACAACAGUUUACAGGCGUGUCCAAACAAUCUUGACGGAGGGGUUCACUAUGUGUGGCAGGAAAUACUCGUUCCUUGCAUUCUCAACGAGCCAGGUGAAGCAAAAGUCGGCUUGGUUCUUUGCAGAGGAUGGAUCAACAACUGUCGCAAGCAUAAGGGAGUGGAUGGGACAAUUCCCUAUUCGGAAUCCUGCAAAGCACGCUGCUCGAAUGGGGCUGUACUUCACCUCUUCAUAUGCAACGGUGACAAUGCAGCCUUGUGAGGUCAAUGAGUAUCUUGAAGAUGUCAUUCAUAAUGGAUACAAUUUCUCUGAUGGAAUUGGGAUGAUCAUGCAGGACCUUGCAUUAGAAGUUGCCGAGAUGUUACCAUUGACGGAUAACUAUGCCUCAUCUGCUUACCAGAUUAGAUAUGCAGGGUUCAAGGGUGUUGUAGCUGUCUCGACGGGACAAAAUGAUGGGAUGCGGAUGUCUCUUAGGCCAAGCAUGAGGAAGUUUGAGUCUGCACACUGUGUUAGAAAGUGGUGGUUGAUGGGCUGUCUUGAUGAACUUGGGAUCCUUGAGCAAGGACAAUGUUUUAUCCGGGUCUCAGCACCAUCACUCAACAACUGUUACGUGAAUCGUGGUUCGAUAUUUCCGUCGGAAUACAAAAAUAAUGCAGAGAUUAUUGUUGGUACAGUUGUAAUGGCGAAGAACCCAUGCCUUCAUCCAGGGGAUGUCCGUAUCCUUGAAGCGGUGGAUGUCCCUGAACUGCACCAUCUUGUUGAUUGCUUGGUCUUCCCCAAGAAAGGGGAGAGGCCACACGCAAACGAAGCUUCAGGUAGCGAUCUUGAUGGCGACAUCUACUUUGUGACGUGGGAUGAAAAUCUUGUACCUCCUGGGAGAAAGAGUUGCACCCCUAUGGACUACUCCCCAGCUAAAUCAAAACAACUACCACGGGAAGUACAUCAGCAAGAUACCAUUGAUUUCUACUUGGAGAGCAUGGUAAAUGACAACCUUGGUCGAAUAUGCAAUGUUCAUGUUGCUCAUGCUGAUCGGAGUGAUGAUGGAGCAAUGGAUCAGAAGUGCAGUGAGUUGGCUGAACUAGCAGCUAUUGCUGUGGACUCCGCAAAAACUGGGGAAAUUGUGAGAAUGCCACCAUCCCUUUCACCAAAAGAAUAUCCUGACUUCAUGGGAAAGGAGGAUGCUAUCUCCUACAAAUCAAAAAACAUCCUUGGAAGGCUCUAUCGAUCAAUUCUAGGGGAAAAAGGUGGUGAUUUUCAAGGCACAUGCGUUUCAAAUGAGAAUCAAUAUGACACCGAUCUCGAAGUUCCUGGUGCCUUAAAUUUUCUUGAGGAUGCUUGGAAAUGCAAGUGCUUGUACGAAGCACAGCUAAAUACCCUGCUCAAUCAAUAUGGUGUGCAUAGUGAGGCUGAGCUUGUGACAGGGGAGAUAUGGUCACUUGUCGGAUAUAACAAGAAGUAUCAAUAUCAAUUAAAACUUAAAAGAGAGGCUCAACUACGCAUAUUCCAAACUCCACCAAGAGUUCCGAAGUAUCUUUGA